AUGCAAGCGGCAGGACUACCGCGAUUCCUUUUGCCGCGGGCACCAUGGAGUGGACUCAGGGCGCCGGCGGUAGCGUUUCAGGCGGGAGUAGAAGCACGGCGUCAUGGAAGUGUGUGGCCAGGCUCGGAUCGUCGUCGUCGCCGCAUCGCACCGUCUUCGCACGCCGCUCUCCAAACACAAGCAAUACGACGACCAUGGCGGGCGGCGGAGUUGCCACAAUGGGCAGGCCGUGGGGAUUCGUGUGAUUAUGCGGUGGGCAGGCAGUUUCAGCGCGGCUUCAGGACAACGGCUAGGCAGGCCAAGGACCACCAUUUUGAUACACUCAAGUUUGUGCAGCGGCUGAAAGAGGAGGGCUUCACCGAGGAGCAGGCCGAGGGCAUGAUGCGGGUUCUCAGCGAUGUGAUUGAGGAGAGCAUUCAGAAUCUCACUCGCACCAUGGUGCUGCGCGAGGACCAGGAAAAGGCUACGUACACGCAAAAGGUGGACUUUGCAAAGCUGCGCUCCGAACUCAUGACGGCCGACUCGACGGAAUCGAGCGUGACGCGGGCGUCGCAUGAGCGGCUCACGAACGAGCUGGCCAAGCUGAACUCGCGGCUGCGCGACGAGAUCCAGCGCACGCAGGCGUCUGUCCGGCUGGACCUGAACCUGGAGAAGGGGCGGAUCCGCGAGGAGGCCAACGUGCAGGAGCUCAAGCUCAAGGAGACGGACACGCGCAUCGAGCAGGAGACGGCCCAGUUGCGCGAGCGGCUCGAGGCCGUCAAGUUCUCGACGUUGCAAUGGCUCAUGGGCGUGUGCACGGGCACGGCAGCGCUGAUGCUGGGCGUGUGGCGACUGUUGAUGUGAGGGCUGCCAGAAGGCGCAGAGAAGGGAGAAGGUAGUGCGCGCGCCCGGCUAGACGGGGGCGACGACCAAGAGGCCGGUCAGCAGUCUGGUCUGGGUCCUCGACGACGACGACGACGACACGAGUCGCUUUUCAGGAGAGGACGAGGGCUGCACGGCCUUGUCCUUGCACGCACACACACACACACACACUCACUCACGCACACACAGAGUGCCACCGUGGGUGCAUGCACAUGGUGCGUAUGUAUGUGUGUGUGUAUGCUUGCUGGGACGGGCAAAGGGGGGCUCUACUAGUAGCGGGCCGCGACGGCACACCUGGGACCGCGCGGACCAGCGGUGGCGGCCUUUUUGGGUAGUGGCAUUAGCAAGCUAUGGAUAUGCACAUGUGGCACCUGCAGCACGACCACGACGGUGUGGCGGG